CGGGCGGGGCUGCUCCGAGCACCGCCAAGCUCCUUGUAAGGACUGCGGGAGCCCCCCGCCCGGCAAGCUCCCUGCGCUCCCCGCCAGGAGGAAGCUGUGGUCGGUCGUGCCCCUCAACGCCAAGCUGGGCUUCAAGGACCUGGGUGCCCACCCGCCUGUCUGGAAGGCUCCAAGUCCCGGACAGGGGGAGGACCAGGACUGGAGAGAGGAAGCCCCGGGUAGGAGGAUGGAGAGGAAGGAUGGUUCCAGCUUCUUCUCUCAGUCUCUUCCCACCAACAAGAAAAUUCACCCGUCCCUUUGUUCUACUGAGCUGACCUGCUUCCUCCUCCAGGAAGUCUGCCUGGUUCAACACAACGCUUUGUCCAUUCUCUAGGUCACAGCCAGCUUAGCCUUGGCACUCUACUUUCCCGAAUACAUUAUCUGGCCCUGCUGUGUGGGGAUUCUGCAACAUUACAGAAACAGCUCCUGGGAAGAGAAUGUCACUUUACUAACAUUUCAUGGCCAGUGUGAGUCCAGAUCAAGAUACCUAAUGCAUCUAUAUUACUUUCUUCCUGAUGGGAUCCUAUGAGUUGCAUGUUUUUUGUAGCCUAAUGUUUAAAUGGGGCAUUUUAUUUAUUCUAAAACCUGGUGCUCCCUCUUGCUUAUGAUGAUUCUGGGAUGGUUGGGUGAGCCUGGCAGGGAUGAGUUGCAUUUGCUAUGGGAGCCAGGGUAAAUCUGGUCAUGCUGGAAACAGGGCAAAGGGCCCAUGGGGAAUCUGGACACUUAGGAGCUAGUGCCAGCUCUUCUACUGGGUGACCUCUGGCAAGUCACCUCACUUCUUUAGACUGUGGUGUCCCCAUCUAUAGUACUAAAGGAAGGGGAAGAGGAAAAUCAAUCCCAAAUCCAUGAGGCCCAAUAGUGAUAGAAUCAGCCCUGGGCUCCAGGCCCAAGUACUUUCUAGAACCCCAGGGAUCUCUUUUGGAACACAUCCAGGCUAAAAUGGGGAAAGGCAUGGGAGUCUCAGAGACGCCUGACUACAACCCUUCUCCAACCCUAACCUCCUCCCACACCUCCUCCGAAUCUGCUGACCCACAUACAUGCAGAAACCAGGGAAACUCAGGAGGGAGCGGGGGCUCACAGGGGUGAGCUGUGCCAGAACUUGAUGCUAAUAACUUCUCCACCAAGAAUGAAAAUUAUUUUCCAGGACAGGACAUGAAUACUGACUCAGCCUAAUUGUGUUUCUGGGAGAUCAUAGUAAUCCAGCUGUGUUAUUAAAACUCUGAGGUGUUGGGAGGAAAUUGUUUAGGUUACACCCUCAGGUUAGGAUCACUCAAAGGGUUUUCCUUUGAGUUGUGGGAGGAGAGAAAGUAGGAGCCAAGUUCCAGCUAUAUGCCUGGACUAGCCACAGUCCUGUGAGGACAGACUGGGUCUGGAUGGAGUCUGUGGGGGAGAGAACCAGUCUCACUGAAGGGCUGCUGGAGAGAAGGCAAGGACUGGGCCCCUGCAGGCCCAAUCAGGUAUAAACCUGGGCUCUCUGCUCCUUACCUGUUUGUGUGAUGCUGGGGGAGUUACUUUACUGAUCUUAACUCUGACUAGCCUGUCGCUGGGAGCUGCAAGAAGGCAGGUUCCAGCUCAGUGUGAAGGUGAGCUCUGACCAUCUGAGCUGUCCAAAAUUGGAAGGGACUUUCUUUGGAGGAAGUGAAGCCCUCAACAUUGAAGACAACCAAGGGGGUAGUGACUUUAAGGUUAUAGAAGAGACUCCAUGAUGGCUUGCAAGAUAGGAUAAGAUGGCCCUUAAUUUCCUUCUACUUUAGGAUUAUUUGGACUUGUUGCCAGCUGCCACUCAGCCCCUCAGCUCACUGCCCAGAGUCUACUCCUCUGAGGGCCCAGGGAGAAAGUGUUGACCUCAUAACUGUGACCAAUCCCUCCCCCGAUCCUCAGUCUCAUCUGAACUGCUUGUCCAGCACCCUGAGUGCCCCUUGUGGACUAGAAAUGCCUUCAGAACAAGUCACUUACUGUGAGACCCUGUAAUUAGUAACUUUGCCCUUCUGGACCUCAGUUCCUCAUCUUUAAAACAGGAAUAAUAUUAAGGAUUAGAUAACAUGAAAGAGGCCCACCAGAGCUUGGUCCAUAGUCCAAAAAAGCAAAUGAUAGUUCCCUUCCCCUGGACAUGAAUAGCACAUACUUCUCAUCCACCCACCAAGAAGCCACAACUGCUUAGUAACCAGAACUUUGGACACUUCAGGUGAAGAGAAAGGCUUUUCUGUUAAAGUAAGUAGCCCAAUUCUCCUUAUUACCCCACCUAACCUGUCACCUUCAAGGCUCUUAUUCUCAGACACUCAAAAUGCAGAGAAUGUGGCACCCGGCCAAGUAUUAGGCAUAUAGCAGGUUCUCAGUAGAUGUUUCUGGAGGGAACAAGUUGAGCAUGCACAGGUGUAGACAGGCAGGACCUGUGAGGCCCCUCAGGAGCCACAUCAGGCCAAGCCUUUGGGGCCCCUCAGCAAUGUCACUACAUUCCCUGGAGCCACAACAUGACAACCACUUCUGUGGUUUUUCAGUGAUAAAUUCAGGUGUCAAAGCUAAAAGGAACUCUAGAAAGCAGAUCCAUGCUCUGGAGCCCAAAAAGGUUGGGUAGCUUUUGCAAGUGGUGGUACCAGCAUCAGAGCCCAGCAGGAAUCCUGACUCCUGGCCCAGUGCUCGCCCAUCUUCAGGUCCAGGCAACUUUUGUUACUGCUUGUUACUACUCUCUAGGCAGAAACACCACCAGGCAUGACAAGACCAGCUCCGCACCCCUACCCCAGGGUAAAGGCUAUGUCUUUUCCAUCAGACUGGAUUCUCUCCUGGAACAGGGGUUGUGUCUCCUCUAUUAGACUGGGGGCUGCUACUUAGGUUAGGAGCCAGGAAUGCACUUAACAGAUACCUUAACUCGUACUCACUGCCAAUAGAGAUGCGCAAGGCUGGGUGUGUGCUCUAUCUAGAAAGACUCUGAGAGUCUGACACAGGGCUCUGUUCCCUGCCCUGUCCCCAACCUCACAGAGCGUGGUGGGUGCAAAGUGGAGAGGGAAGUUGGUGCAGGGUCGGGCAGGGCCUGGGAACUCUGUGGGCUGCCCACAGCCAGUACAUUUCCUUGUCCUCUCCAAGUCCCAGAGGGACACUCACUGUCAGAGAGGAGGAAACUCAUCGGCUGCAGACAACACCCCACUGGGGCCUUAGAGGCAGGGCCAAAGAGCUGAGCUGAGGAUUAGCUUGAGAACCAUGACCCCUCAUUGGAGAUGACCCCUCCCCACUGCCUGGCUGCUGGGGUGGGAGCUGGGUGUGUGCACUAGGCCCUAGUCCACUUGCCAGGGCUGGAGUUAAGAAAAAAUGGGCCUGGGUGCAAGCUUCGGCCAAGGGGGCUUCGCUGUCUUUUCCCCCAGGCAGGGAUUCCAUCUGGUUGUGCUUGUGAGUUACUAAGUGCUUGGAACAAGUCAUGUGGAAGGGAACUGAAGCCCCCUGGGGUCAGGCCCUCCCUUCCCAGACCCUGCCCCACAGCUUAAGCCUGGUGGGAGGCAGCUGUUUCCUUCCUGACACUAGGUCCGAGCAGGUGAGGAGAGCAGCUAGGUUUGAGCUAACCAAGGAAAAGCUCCUGCCAUCUGCAGGCCUUCUUUCCUCAGGUAUGAAAUGAGAACAGUCCCCCUCUCCCAAAGGCCCCCGGCAAGGAGAGAUCAUAAAUGGGCACAGCAGAGUCCAUUUUCCUCCAAGAGAGGGACCAUCAUGCCUGCUGUCCAGAUGUUGAAGGUCCCUUCAGCCAAUGUCUGAUCUCAGAGAAACAAAGAAGCUGGCAGAGGGCCUGGGAUAGUAUUUAUGGGGUCUCCUGCCUACUCCCUCCAUCUCCUCCUCCUCUUCCUGUCUAGUCCCUGGGGCAGAGUAUCCAGGAUAUUUCUAGCUGCCUCCUCCAGGCAUCUGGCUUCCCAGGCCUCACAGUGGUCCCCACAUCCCAGUCCUGAUGUGAUGGAAUGAACUGGGUGGGAGUUCCCUGGCAGGGAAGGCACAUUUGUGAAUGCAGAUUUAUAUGUGACAGUGUGUGCAUGAGUGUGUCCUAGGGUGGAGGAAACUCACCCUCUAACUCUGGCUUUGCCAUUGUGAGUCCAUUCACCCUCCUGAAGAAAGGCAGCGAUUGAUUAUCUCCCGAACUGAUACACACGCUGGGCCUCUCCACCUGCAGAAUGAGGUAGCAAGAGAAGAAAAUCACUCUGCUCCCUUCCACCUGAUAUUCUGGGGCCCAAGUCUUAUCUAUUCACCUAGGAAAUUUCUAUGAGUAGGGAAAAGUGCUCUGGGAUGGGCAGCAAAAAGCCUGGGCCUGUCUGCUCCAACCUACCUGACCCCCUGGAAAUUCCCAUUCCCACUGUAAAUGGGAAGGGGUUAUACCACAAGAACCCCAGGUUCCUACUGGGACCUCCUGGUACCAGGUGACUGUCCAGCAUUUGAAGCAUAGAGAGGCAGCAGAAUGCAGUAGUUAGGGACACAGGCUCUAGGAUCAGAUUGGUUGCAUGACUCUCCUAGCUCUGCUACUCUAUGGCGAUGUGACCUUGGGCAUGUGAUUAAACAUCUUGGUGACCUGGUCUCUUUAUCUGUGAAAGGGUGGCAUUAAUAAUAUCUAACAUACUGUUACUAUAAGCAAUAAAGGGAUAAUAUCUAUUAAAUGAAGGGCAACAACAGUAUCUACUCACAAGAUUGUUGGAUUAUCGGAAUUAAAGUGCUUAUAAAGGUGCCUGACAUUGUGAUAUUCAAGUAUUAACCUGUAUCAUUUCAAAAAGCCUUUCUCUUCCCAGUCUACACGAUGCCCUCAGCAGCCCCACUUUUCUUUUCCAAAGGUCUGGAUCUACACAGCAAUGAAGGGUCCUGGCAAUUGGGAAACAGAUAUCAGCAUUCCAUCCCAUCCCAAGUCAGAAAGCACUUGGACAUUCAGAGUUUACUGGAUGCUCACCUGCUGCCCUCCCAUAUUUAUAGGGAAAGAAGAUAUUGGUUUAGCUGUGUCAGGGGCAGACACCCAGGCCAAUUUAGAGCCCAGAUGUGGGCUCUGGCCCAUUCUAUUUGCUCCAUCUCUGCCCCUCCCUCCAAUGGCCAAGUAAUUAGUGCCUGCUCCCUGCCCCUACGGGUCUAUGGAUGCAGUGGGUUAGACAUUAAUCCUGCCCCUUCCCAGCUGAAUGAUCUUGGAUACGUCGUGUAAAGCUUCAUUUCGAACACUACAACUAGUUUCCCAAUACCAUAACAUAGGUGCUAUUAUGGGCCCCAAUUUGAGAGAACAGAGGGCCAGAUUUAAGGUACUUAGAAGGGUAUACAUUUGGCUCAGCGCAGGUAUUAUAUGGGCUCACUUUGUAAGCUGCCCUCACAGUAGCUGAUCACCAGUAAGUGAUCAGUAUAUGGUCACUAUUAUCAUUACAUCUCAUUCGGAAGCGAGUGACCCAGCAGGUCUCCCAAUGCCCUCUGGUCCAGUGGCCAUCCAGCUUGUCGGCCACCACAUCACAUGAGCCGUACUAUCUUUAGAAAGGAAGAUAUUUAUAGCCUCGGGGGAAGAUUUAUCCCCCCUCCCUACUCCGGGGGAGCCCCACAGUCGGUGGCUGCUGAAUCGAGAGCCCCCAGAGGCAGCCUCUACCUCUCUGGCUGGCCAUGCCUCAGGGUCCCGAGGUCCCGGUGCAGGUGUGGGUGGACAGCCAGCUCUUCCAGGCUGACCAGGCCCUUCUGGUGGAACACUGCGACUUCUUCCGCGGCCUCUUCCGCUCGGGCAUGCGAGAGACGCGGGCGGCCGAGGUGCGCCUGGGCGCUCUGAGCGCCGGCGGGUUCCGCACCACGCUGCAGGUGCUCCGGGGCGAGCGACCGGCGCUGACAGCCGCCGACGAGCUGCUGCAGGCCGUGGAGUGCGCCGCCUUCCUGCAGGCGCCGGCGCUGGCGCGCUUCCUGCAGCACAGCCUCACGUCGGACAACUGCGCGCUGCUGUGCGAUGCGGCCGCCGCCUUCGGCCUGCAAGACGUGUUCCACAGCGCGGCGCUCUUCAUCCGCGACGGCGCGUGCGAGCUGGCGGCCGAGCUGGCGCUGCCCGAGGCCCGCGCCUAUGUGGCGGCGCUGAGGCCCAGCAGCUACGUGGCCCUGAGCACGCACACGCCCGCGCCCGGCUUCCUGGAGGACGCGUCGCGCACCAUGUGCUACCUGGACGAGGAGGCGGACACCUGGCGCACGCUGGCCACGCUGCCCCUGGAGGCCAGCACGCUGCUGGCGGGUGUGGCCACGCUGGGCAACAAGCUCUACAUCGUGGGCGGCGUGCGGGGUGCCAGCAAGGAGGUGGUGGAGCUGGGCUUCUGCUACGACCCCGACGGCGGCACGUGGUGCCAGUUCCCCAGCCCGCACCAACCGCGAUACGACACGACCCUGGUGGGCUUCGAAGGCCGCCUCUACGCCAUCGGCGGCGAGUUCCAGAGGACCCCGAUGAGCUCCGUGGAGUGCUACGACCCAGCCGCUGGCCGCUGGAGCUUCGUGUCCGACCUGCCUCAGCCCGCCGCCGGCGCGCCCUGCGCGCAGGCGUGUGGCCGCCUCUUCGUGUGUCUGUGGCGACCGGCCGACACCACGGCUGUGGUGGAGUACAUGGUGGGGGCCGACACGUGGCUGCAGGUGGCCGAACUGCGGCGUCCGCAGAGCUACGGGCACUGCAUGGUGGCCCACCGCGACAGCCUCUAUGUGGUGCGCAACGGACCUUCCGAUGACUUCCUGCAUUGCGCCAUCGACUGCCUCAACCUGGCCACGGGCCAGUGGACGGCGCUUCCCGGCCAGUUUGUCAAUAGCAAGGGCGCGCUCUUCACCGCGGUGGUGCGGGGGGACACCGUCUAUACCGUCAACCGCAUGUUCACGUUGCUCUAUGCCAUCGAGGCUGGCACUUGGCGACUGCUCAGGGAGAAGGCCGGCUUCCCACGGCCAGGUUCCUUGCAGACCUUUCUCCUGAGGCUACCGCCGGGCCCCCCGGGGCCUGUGGCCUCCUCUACUCCAGAGCUGUGAACCCAGGGGAUGGCCCAAGUCAUUCCUAAGCCAUGGCUGAGUCUGAGAGCCUGGCCUAAGGAGAUCCUGGGCACUGUCUCCCUGGUUAAGACAUUGGGGUCUUGUGCCUUCUGAUGACGAACAUGUCCAAGGAACGCAAGGAUCAGCGAGGACACUGAGAUAUUAACCUUCAAGUUACUUUUGCCCUGCUGAGAGCUGACAACUGGUGGGUGACAAGGAGAUGGCUGGAGGGAGGGAUUAUGGAAUUAAGUGAUGUAAACUGCCAAUCAAUAGGCAAGAAUUGGGUACUUACAAUGUGCCCUGAGCAGUGCUAGGCCUGAUAUGACUAGUUGCCAGAUGGAGAUCCACAAAGCUGAGAGUAUAGCCCAGAAAGACUCAAACUUUACUAUUACAGGACAACAAAAGGUUUAUACACACUUGUCUUGAUCACAAAGGUAGGGCCAUGCCAAAAAAAAAAAAAAAAAAAAAAAACCAAAACAUGAAACACUAAACUAAACCAGAUUUUACAGUAUAAUAAAAUACAGACGUCACAUCAGGAUAAUAGGAAGAGGAAAGAGACCUCAUUCCAGGAGUAUAUAUAUAUGCUCUAUGAAGAAGGCAGGCAGGAUAAUAAGCUGCUGAAAGUGGAGGUACAGAGUGUAGAGGGAAUGAAAGCUCAGAAGGAGAUGGUGAGGCUGGAGCAAAGGAAGAAGUCUGUAAGUCUAGCCUUAAAGGUGGAGCAGAUGUCGCUGGACGUGUUUGGGGAGGAGUCUAGGCUGGUGGAGACAACAGGAGUGACACUAUAAGAGAGAAAGGGCUCCCCACAUCCCUAAUGGGAUGUGGGGAUCCUCAUCCCAGAACCCAGUUGUAAAUUCCUUUCCCACUUCCUUUUUGCAUCACCUCGGAGGCAGUACACUAUUAACUUUUGUGACUUCAGGUCACUCUAGGUACAAGCCUGAUCGUGGCCAGGUCUGACUGCUUCAGUGCAGAUGAGACAUCUUCCAAGUUGUCAAGUCUCAUUCUCUCCCCCACAUUCUACAGAUUGAUUCUUUCCCCCCGAGCCUCUGCUCUUUGGGCUUUGAAUACCUUUUCUCUUUCUCUUUUGGGGCUAUACCUCCUUCCUCUGCAGGAUUGGCUGCCCCUGACCAUGACUGUCUGCAUUGCUCACUGGGCUCUGGGUGCCAGUGCACUCCGUGUGCAUGUGCAGCCUGGCAUGUAUGCAGAUAGCAUGGGUGGAGAUGCUGUUGUGCCAUCCACUGAGCUGGGGCACUUUCCUGCCUGCAUAAUAAAAUGAUGAGGUCCUGAAAGAACCCAGGGUGCAAGGGCCACUAGCAAGGACCUGGUGCUCCUCUAGAAUACCCCCAACCCUGGCUUCUGGUCACAUGCCCUCUCCAUUCCUCCAGCCUCUCCAUGCCCCUUGGCAGACUUCUCAGGAGUAGUCCUGAGUAGUUUCCAUCCUCCAGGACCUGAGGCCCAGGGGCAAUCCUAGCCUCAUGGGAAAUGGACAGUGUAGCAUCAGCAUGGCACAUCAGGGCUUUCCUAAGGGCCUUUCCCCCUGACCCUAUGUCCUCAGCCCUGGAGAAUGCAGGCUUCAGAAGCCCAGGACCUAGUCUGGAACAGCCUAAUCUGAUGAAUGACAACAAUAUACCAUGACUUUGUUUCUUGCAAUGAUGUGCAAAGCAGUUGCUUGUCUUUCUUCUUACUCUUGAGAACUGGGGACCUUCUCUGUGUGGCCAAAGAUAUAGGUGAGGCUCAGAGGCCCAGACAGAACCAAAGCAUGGCAGAGCCCCUUACUUUUGGCUCUUGUCAAAGUGUAAUUAUGGUCAUGUGUCAAAGAUUUAACUCAUUAAUUAAGGACCCAGAAGAAAGCUGAUUCAAAGGAACAUUUAAAAGUCAGAGAUUUGUAUAGUUAACUGGAAAAGACGUGCUGAAAUACAUUUGUUAAGUUAGAGAUGAAACUGGUUAAUAAUGUUUUAAAGGGCAAUAAA